CCCCCAAGGAAAGGAACUCCCAACACCCAACCACUCAUCCUUCUAACUCUUAUUAAUUGCUAACAACCCCCUUGACUUGUAUUUAAUCCUUUAUUCGACUCCCCAAUUCACCCCUCACUCACCAUUUACCAAAGCCAUAAUGAAGAAGCUCUCUAUCGUUGUCACUUUACUCCUACUCAUUGCCGUCUCCGCCGCCGCCGGCGACGACAGCUCCGGCAUGGACGGAAUAAUCUUCGGGCCGGGAAUGGGGUUCGGCGUACCAGGCUUGGGGCCCGUAAGCGGCUUCGUGAGGCCCACCGUCGUCUGCAGAGAGAAAGGCCCCUGUUACCGGAAAAAGCUGACGUGUCCCCGCAAAUGCUUCAGGUCCUUCAACCGCUCCGGCAAGGGAUACGGCUACGGCGGCGGCGGCGGCGGCUGCACCAUGGAUUGUAAGAACAAGUGCAUCGCUUCUUGCUCUAAGUAACUCAAUCAAUUAACCUCAAUAUAUAUAUAUACAUACAUACAUAUACAUAUAUUAUAUUUACAUUGCUGAAGUUUCGAUCAUUUCCAUAACAUUACAGAGAAACAUUUGAAUAGUGAAAUUGAUUCGAAAUUGCUU